AUGGCCAACUACUAUGAAGUGUUAGGUGUACAGUCCAGUGCCUCCGCUGAGGACAUCAAGAAGGCGUACCGAAAGCUGGCUUUGCGUUGGCACCCCGACAAGAACCCUGACAACAAGGAGGAGGCUGAGAAGAAGUUCAAGCAGGUGUCUGAGGCAUAUGAGGUCUUGUCAGACUCUAAAAAGCGCUCUGUGUACGACCGGGCAGGCUGUGACAGCUGGCGGGCCAGCGGCGGCGGUGGCAACGUGCCCCACGGCAGUCCCUUCGGUGCUGGUUAUCCCUUCCGCAAUCCUGAGGAUAUCUUCCGUGAGUUCUUUGGGGGAGCAGACCCUUUCUCCUUUGAUUUCUGGGACACCCCAUUCAGCGACCGUGGCCGGUCCUAUGGUUUACGUGGGGCCUUCUCUUCGGGCUUCGGUGAGUUGCCAGCCUUCAUGGAGGCCUUUUCGUGCUUCAAUACCCUGGGCCGUGGUGCGGGCACCCGCGCCACCUUCUCGUCCACUUCCAUCGGUGGCUCCAGUUCGGGCAACUCGGGGUUCAAGUCAGUGAUGUCCUCCACGGAGAUGGUGAAUGGCCACAAGGUGACCACCAAGCGCAUCGUUGAGAACGGCCAGGAGCGUGUGGAGGUGGAGGAGGAUGGAAAGCUCCGGUCAGUAACUGUCAAUGGCAAGGAGAAGCUCAUGCGGGUGGACACCAAGUGA